UGAAGCAUCAGCGCAAACAUUAAGAACAGAGUUUCUCUAAAUAGUUUUUCGUCUUUAUCCUUUUUACAGUAACAACAUGGAAGCAACAAGAAUGGGUUUUGGUGGUCUUAGCGUUCCUCUCUCUCUCACGCCCAACCUCUCUCUCAUUCCUCAGCGUUUGCUUGACAAGCACAAUCUUUCCCUGAAACCGGUAAAGAUACACCACUUGGUAUGUGUAAGGUCUACUAAGAGUAGUGAUGAUCUUGAGACUAGUCGUCCUUCGACGUACUUUUCUCCUUCUCUUUGGGGAGAUCACUUUCUCUCUGUUUCCCUCGACCACGCUGAAUUUGUUGAACUAGAAAGAGAGAUUGAAACUAUGAAGCCGCUGGUGAAAGACAUGCUCAUGUCUUCUCAAAGCAGCGACAAGGAGAAGAUUCGUCUCAUCCAUUUGCUCGUUAGCCUCGGGAGCUCUUAUCAUUUUGAUAAGGAGAUUCAAGAUAUCCUUAAACACAGUUUCACAAAGUUGGAUGGCAUAAUAGUUGAGGAAGAUGAUUUGGAAACAAUCUCCAUUAUGUUUGAGGUCUUUAGGCUAUACGGUCAUAAGAUGUCUUGUGAUGCCUUUGAUAGAUUCAGAGGUGGAGAUGGGAGGUUUAAAGAGAGUCUAGCUAAAGAUGUUAGAGGAAUGCUACAGUUGUUCGAAGUCGCGCAUCUAGGAACACUCUCUGAAGAUAUAAUGGAUGAAGCAUUGAGGUUUACGCGGAAUCACUUGGAGUCUUUGACAAGUGGUAACGUAUCCAGUGCAAGUCCCCACAUCUUGAAGCAUAUACAAAACUCAUUGUACAUACCUCGAUACUGUAACAUAGAAGUACUAGUAGCAAGAGAAUAUAUAUCUUACUACGAACAAGAAGAAGGUUACAACGAGAUCCUGCUAAAGUUUGCAAAACUUAACUUCAACUUUUGCCAGUGUCAUUACAUCCAAGAAAUCAAAACUCUCACCAAAUGGUGGAAGGACUUAGAUCUUGCAUCUAAACUACCUUACAUUAGGGAUAGAUCUGUAGAGAGCCAUCUCGGGGGUCUGGGACCGUACUUCGAGCCACAGUAUUCUCUUGGGAGGAUCAUAGUGGCUAAGACCAUCAUGAUAAUCGUUGUUGCGGAUGACACAUAUGAUGCACAUGCAACUAUACCCGAAGCUACGGUUCUUACGGAAUAUUUUCAGAGGUUGAAUAUUGGUGCCGAUGAUAAACUAUCAGGCUAUUUGAGAAUCGUCCUCGAAAGUGUGUUUGAAGUUAUGGGAGAGAUUGAACAAGAAAUGUCACCGAAAGGAAGAUCAUACAGCGUGAAACAAGUGUUGGAAAGGUUCAAGAUCAUUGCGAAGGCGUACAAACAGUUGACAGAGUGGGCACGGAAAGGCCACGUACCAACCUUUGAUGAGUACAUGAAGGUUGGAUUGGUGACAGCUGGGAUGGGUGAUUAUGCAGGAUAUUGCUUUAUAGGAAUGGAAGAUAUCAAUGAGAAGGAAGCUUUUGAGUGGCUCAAUUCCAAUCCCCUACUCAUCGACGCUCUGAAUGUACUGUUCCGUAUAGCAAAUGACGUAGGAACCUACGAGGUACACCGCAAAUCUUAGAGAUCUCAUUGGUUUUCUAGUGGUUUCUGUUUUCCUCUUCUUUUAGUCUUUCAUGAACAAAUGAUAUUUGUAGACCGAGAUAAACAGAGGAGAGGUGGCUAAUGGGCUCAACUGUUACAUGAAACAAUAUGGAGUCACCAAGGAAGAAGCAUCCCGUGAGUUGCGUAAAAUGUACAUAUACAACAAAAAAGUGGUUGUGGAGGAGUUCAUGAACUCACAUGACCGUGUACCGCGCCAGGUUCUGCUGCGAUGCCUAAACUUUGCACGCCUCUUCGAUGUGAUAUACACAGAGGGUGAUGGAUACAGUGAGCCCAAAGGCAAAAUCGAACACUUUAUGACCUCCUUGUACGUCCACCCAAUACCCCUUUCAUAAUGACGUCGAACUACACACACCAAUUCUAAGUUAACCCUUGCUUCUUCUUCUUUUUUCUUUUUUAAUAAUCUCUUAAGAAGAAAUUUUCUGACUCCGUUUUUCCUAUUUGGUGAUGUUGUGUAGCCUUUUGGGUUCUCUGUUUAUUCACUGUUACGCCAAGGCAGAUAAUUUCUACAAAAAAAAAAAUUCUUAUGAGAGUAGCAAGAAUGGUUGUUUUGUGACUUCCUGAAACCAAAAAUGUCACCAUGUCUUUUCUGCAAGUUUUAUUCACCAAUUUAGUUGUAUAGCAAAUUC